ACAUAAGAUAAAACAAAAAUUGUUGUUCUUUUUUAACAAAAAGAAAAACCAAGUGAUAAGAUAACUUAUAGUCCAUAAAGCACCUAUAAAAGCAAUAAAUUAUUGAAUUGAAAAAAUUUUUACAGCGAAAUGGAUAUUAUUUCUCUAAUAUUUGCUGCUUUAGUUAUUUUCAUUACUCUGGUAUGGCUUAUCAAAAGAAAUUCUGAUAAAAAGUCAUUGCCUGGACCCACUGGAUUACCUAUCGUUGGCUAUUUACCAUUUUUAACAAAAAAACCCUACAUCAAGUUGCAACAGCUUGCUAAAAAAUACGGUCCAAUUUUCAAAAUUCGACUAGGCAGCGUGGAUGUACUUGUUCUCUGUGACUUUAAAGUUAUAAAGGAUGCCUUUGCUGAAGAUGCCUUUAUGGGUAGACCAGCUGAUGGUCCCAUCCCAUUGAGUGACGAAACAAUAAGAACUGGUGCUUUCUUAGAUUUAGGAUGGAAAGAACAGAGAAGAUUCUCACUGCAUGCUCUUCGUGAUGUAGGUUUUGGCAAAACCCGAUUGGAGGCUCAACUUAAAGAAGAAGUUGUUGAAGUUUUAGAAAGAAUGGAAGAACAAAGAAGUGAACCGAUAAAAAUAUCUGAUAUACUUGCUUCAAGUGUAUCGAAUAACAUAGCCUCUCUGCUUUUUGGACGCCGGAUGAAAUACGACGAUCCGAGACGAAAAGAACUCAACAAACUAAUUGCCAAUGUUGGUCGUAUGGCUGGAGCAGUUGGAUGGCAAAUGUUCUUUCCUUGGGCCAGAGCUAUAAUGACACAUCUGAAAAUUGGAAGUAAUGAAAAACUGAGAAGGGCUGUUGAGGUACUUACUGAGUUCUGCAGAAAAGAAAUGGAGGAACAUGAAAGAACCUUAGAUCCAAACAACAUCCGGGACUUUAUGGAUAGAUACAUUAUUGAAAUCCAGAAAAGAGAAGGACAAAAUACUGGAUUUCACAGGGAAGUUUUGCUGGAUUUAGCUCGUGGUUUCUUUGGAGCUGGCAGUACAACGAUUCGAGUAUCUGUAGACUGGAUGUGCCUGGUCAUGGCGGGUUUCCCAGAGGUUCAGAAAAAAAUACAAAUGGAGAUCGACGAUGUUAUAGGACGAGAUCGCUUCCCCACCUAUAAAGAUCAUCUCCAAAUGCCAUACACCGAAGCUGCAAUAUGCGAACUCAUGCGAUGGAAAACUAUUAUACCUUUGAAUCUUAUGAGAUCCACCUUGGAAGAUACAGAAUUGAAAGGCUAUUUCAUUCCAAAAGAUAUGCAUGUUUUAGCAGUCUUGUAUGUUCCAGACCAUGACGAAACUCUUUGGGGAAAAGAUGUUAAUGAUUAUAAACCUGAACGAUUUUUAAGUGAAGACGGUGAAAAAGUGAUAAAACCAGAAUACUUCAUUCCUUUUUCUACAGGCAAGCGAUCCUGUCCAGGAAAACCUUUAGCAGAAGUCGAACUUUUCCUUUACUUCACGGCUAUAUUACAAAAGUACAAGAUAUCAAUGCCACCAGGAAAAAAACCAGAUUUCGACGGAAUACUUGGUAUAGGUCUCGAACCCAAAAAACAAGGAUUAAAAAUAGAGCCACGAUAAACUAAUUAUAAAUAUUUAUUUGAAUAAACUUAUCUAAAUUUU